UUAACCUAAUAUUUCUAAUCGCACCUCUCCGCUGUUUGCAGCUCCUCUCGAACGAAGGCGAUGCCGCUCUCGAAUGACGCUGACGCCGAACGCCGACACCAUGCUAAGAAAUGGCGAAGAAGGACAGCUCUCGUCACGGCCUCGUCGACACCAUGCUAAGCGACUCCAGAUGGCGAACCCUAAUCCCCCUCUGCUGCUCCCUCUCCAUGGCCGCCAACCACUCCCGUUCCUCCCCUUUCCUCCGCCACCACUCCGCUUACUCCGCCGUCUUCGCCUUUCCCGCCUCCUGGUCCUCCGACGACUGGAUCCUCCCCGGCGCCCGCUCCCACUUCGACGAAACCGACAUCGAUGCCGCCCUCUUCCCCUCCAUCAAGAGCGUCAGGAACGACGCCGCUGUCGCCGUAAACGGAGCCUUUCUCCGCUUCUUCAAAAAUCUGCUCGAGAUUUCUCCGCUUUCAACUGAGGUGCAACGAGCUGCUUCUGAAAAAAAGCAGAUCGUGUUCGUAGGGCAUUCUUCUGGAGUCUCAAUUGCAGUCCUUGCAACCAUCUGGUUCCUCGAACAAAAUCGAAAAUUCAACAUCUCACAUGGUCAGAUGAACGAGAAAUCUGGAAAUCUUACAAAUAAAAUCUUGAUCCAGUGGAUGGAUUGUAAUAGCUCUACAAGAGGAACGAGAAAUCUGAUUAUAGAUCUGAUUAAAAUAUCUUUUGCAAUAAUUUUAACAUAUAUGUUAUUUAAAAAAAUAGAGAUAGGCAGCCAGGCGAUUGCUGACCGCAAUAUUUUCCACCCAUCACUGUUCGGACGAAAUAAUGUCAAGAACCAAGAUUAA